AUUAUAAUUUUUUUUUUUUUGAACAAUAAAAUAAUGUCAAAUGUAUCACACGCGGGAGCCAACGAUAACCAAAUCGCUACAAAAUCAUAACAAAAGCAAAUAAACCGACAAAUAUCUUCUUGCGUUUCGCAAAACACAACGUAUAAGAGUUUCAAACAAAAAAAAAAGCACAGCAAAAACAACAAAACAAAACUUUUGGCAACAAAAGCCAACAGCAAGUGCUGCCAAGUCUCUUAACAUCCAAUAGUGAUAAAGCGAAAUGAAGAAAAACAUAUGAUAUCUUAAAUACACACACACAAACAUUUGUAAACACGCAGAAACUUCAAAAAAGAGCAACAAAGAAAACGCAGAAGCCUUAAAGUUGUGUAUUUUAUUGCUAAAUCACAAAUAUAUUAAAUUUAUUUUUAAAUAAAUCAAAUUACAAUGGGCAUAUGUUCAUCAUGUUGCGGAGGCAGCUCGGAAGAAGCAAAUUUAAUGCCUUCGCCGGAAACGAGAAGACAACAACAACUGGAGGCAGCUGAACGUAGACGUUUAGAAAACGAACAUAGAGGUAUUAAAAAUCCUGAAAAUGUGCGUAGGCAGCAACAGCGACAAGAAGAUCUAGAACGACGUGAACAAGAAGCUGCACGUAGUGGUGGACAACCAACAUUAAAGUGGCAAGCAAAUUGAACUUAAAUGCAGCAGUAGCAGUAAUUUAUGAACUGGACCUAUACAUGAAAUGGUCAACUACAUUCUAUCAAACCAAAAGUGUUUAUUAAAUUUUCUAUAAAAACGUAUGAAAUUAAAUUUUAUAUAUGCAUACAUACUUUAUUACUCAUAUUGUCUUACACUUGUAAUAGUAUUUCACUAAGAGUUUAUACCAAAUAUUGGAUUUUAAUAUAAAUUUGUCAUAUAUAUACGGUUAUUUUGUUA